AUGUUCCACUAGAUCCUUGGUUAGGCCAAGAAGCAUACAAGCUUGAUUUCUUUCUUCGUAUUUAUUGGAGCCGGAGGUACUGGAGCAGCACUGUAUAUCUUGUAUCUGGCAUUGCUCAGUCAUUUGGAACAGAAAGAAUAUCCCAGAACCCAGAAGAAAUUGAAUCCCAGUGAUCAAUAUAUGUUCUACUCAGUGAAUGUGGAUUACAGCAAACUGAAGAAAGAAGGUCCAGACUUCUAAAUGAAAUGUUUGACUAUAAAGCUGCUUAGAAUGAAGGUGUUCCAGAAGUUAUCUGUAAAAUUUUCUAAUUAACCAGGAAAUAUUUCCCCUCUACAUACAUGAAAUCACGUUGGUGUAUU